AUGCCUGCCGCGGCCGUGGUUUUGGGAGCUCUUUUGCCCGCGCCCGCCGUAGCUCAGGCGGGAGGCUAUCCUUAUACGAACGACGACGAUCUCUACACGUUUGUUUCGCGGCCGGAGCUCAAGCCCCCGAAGCUCGACGUCGAGAUAUACGAGCGCGAGGCGCGCAGCCCGGGCUACUUCUUCCUCGCGCCUUACAACCGCACCUUCGAGUGGGACCAUGGCGAGCCGACGUGGAAGGCGUGCGUCAUGGGGCCGGCCAUCUACGACGACGAGGGCGUGCGUCUCGUGUGGAGCGGCGCGUGCGACUAUGCCAACCGCAAUGUCUUCGACUUCCGCCCCACGACCUACGACGGCCGCCCUCACGUGUCGCUGAACGUCGUCCACGGCGACGAGACGCCGCGCGGCGCCGGCCUCAUCCUCGACGACUCGUACCGCGUCGCGCGGAACGUGCUGAUGAGCGCGGCGCCCGGCGCGCUGAACCAGCACGAAUUCAACGUCAUCGACGGCGGCAAGACGGCCCUCUUCAUCACCGAGGGCUCCGAGACGGUCGACGGCGCCCAGGUCGGCCUCGCCGAGCCGACCCUGGUGCGCUGGAACGCCUUCAUCGAGUGGGACCUCACGCAGGAGGGCUCCGUCUUCGAGUGGAAUGCCCUCGACUACGUGCCGCUGAACGAGAGCACGUACGGGUGGCCGAAGCCCGUACUGCCGGACGAAACGCCCACGCCUUGGGACUUUCUGCACAUGAACUCGGUCGAGAAGUUCCCGGACGGCGACUUCCUCAUCUCGGCGCGCUACACCAACAGCAUCAUGCGCGUCUCGCGCAAGGACGGCAGCGUCCUCUGGCGCCUCGGCGGCAAGGCGUCCGACUUCCAGCUGCUGGACGAGCGGCUGGCUUUCUCGCGGCAGCACGACGCGCGCGUGCACGCGUCAAACAGCACGCACACGCUGGUGUCGCUGCUGGACAACGCGGUGGGGAGUCUCGUCGGGGACGACGAGCCGACGGCCAACGCGUCGGCCGGUCUCUUCGCGCUGCUGCACCACCCCCCCGACCGCUGGGAGGAGUGGACCGCCAGCCUGGCGCGCUUCAUCCCCCGCCCGGACGCCAAGUACACGAUGCUGCGGGGGUCGCUGCAGACGCUGCCGUUCCCGGAGGGCCGCAAACCGGCGCACCAUGACCCGUUCAGCGCCGAUGUCCCUGCCCUCGUGUGCUGGAGCUCGCGCGGCUACCAGACCGAAUACGAUGCCCAGGGCCGCAUCGUCGCCGAAGCGCGCUUCCGCUCCCCGCGCCUGGAUACGUAUCGCGCGUACAAGGGCGCGUGGGCGGGGCAGCCGGGAGAGCCGAUCGCGCUGGUUGCGAGAGCGUACAGCGCUGCUAACGCCGAUAAUAACGACGGCCACACCGACGACGACGACGACACCACCAUCACCCUCGCCCACGUCAGCUGGAACGGCGCCACCGCCGUCCGCGCCUACCGCCUAACAGGCCGCCUCGCCGAGGGCUCCACCUCGCACCCAAUCCCUCUCGGCGAGUUCACACGCACCGGCUUCGAAACCGCCAUGGCGGUGCGGGCUCGCGUCGACGCCGUGACAGUCGAGGCGCUCGACAGCAGCGGCAGCGUGCUGGGCCGCUCC